AGCUCCUUUUGUAUAAUGAAGAUCUGACUCUCACAUCAGAGUCAGCAAAAGCCUACGCCUGUUUCUGCUAUUUCCUCCGUGGAUGAACUUGCGUGCUGGAUGGACUGGGAUUUGCAAGCUGUUGUGAGAGGGCACACCGGUGAAGCCCCAGAAACAACGACGAUCAUAGAUAUCACACAUCCUAAUUUUCCUCAUUUCUGUUCUGAAUUACAAGUUCACGAUGAUCCUUUCCGCAGUACUUUUCCAGAAUUCUCAGAUACCACGAUGGUGCUUGAUGAAUUGGGAGAGCUUUACAAGCCUUUCUAUCCUGUUUUACAGCCUCUUUCAACACAAACAAUCACAACGACUUCCGUACCCAUCCCUAAACAAGUCAAACCAUCAGAGGAAGCACAAGAUUUGCACGAAUCUCCAAGCAGAAGAAGCAAGAAGAACCAGAACAAGAGAAUAGUGAAGCAGGUGAGAGCAGAUGGAUUAUGCGACGCAUGGGCAUGGCGUAAAUACGGGCAGAAACCGAUCAAGGGAUCGCCAUAUCCCAGAAGCUAUUACAGAUGCAGCAGCUCCAAAGGAUGCUUGGCGAGGAAACAAGUGGAAAGGAGCCAUUUGGAUCCUGAAGUUUUCAUAGUGACUUAUACUGCAGAACACAGUGAUCAUCACCCACCUCGCUCCUCUCGCAAAACUAGGCACUCCAAUAUUCCACCUGAAACUACACAACACACGUCUUCUCCUUUGGAAGACUCCAUUGAAGAAGAUGAGCCAAUUGUGUCCAGUGGGUCAAGCCAGCGCUUGAACAAAGAUGCUGACAUUGGUCAGAUUGUCACAGAUCAGAAUAUAUUAACCAAUGGUGAUUGGUUUCCAAGUAUAGACGAACUUGACGGGCUUAGCCAAGAAUUUGCAUUAGAUGGUUACCUUUACGGCCAAUCCUGAGACGUAGUCAAUGGGGCUCCUUGACCCCCAACUACCCCUAAUUAAAGCUACCAUUUUUCUUGUAAUAUAACUCCCCGUCCACCCCUUUAUAAUUUCAAUUCAUUUUCUUGCCAUUUA